UUUUUGUUUACCAUUCCACUUCGAUCGAGUCGAGUGUUUUCCAAUCUGAGGGUUGAGAGUUUUUCGAAAAUCGGAACUCUACGGUCGUUUUUUUCCGUUGUUGAUUGUUGAUUUAAAUUCUGAGAAGUAUUGCGUAGAGCCGCGGUGAUUUAUAGACGUGCUAGUGCUGAUUUCUGAUUUAAGAUGAUUCGUGAAUCUGGUAAGGAAACGAAGUGAUUUUGGUUUAGUGAUCUGCCGCGAUUUGUGAAGCGAAACACGAAUGAUCGGUGAACUAAGGGGUCCUUACGGGGUAAAACCAAGUGAUUGAGUGUGGGAAGUGAUCCGCACGAAACGAAGAUUAGGAUUAUCACGCAGGCAGCAGACUGACAGGAAAUCGAAAAGUUGCACAACUUUUUUUAACCGGAAAGGACAUCCGCAGCAAUUUUCGUCUGAUAUUCCGUGUUAGCCGGUUCAGCUGAGAGAUCCUGUUCGAUCAACAGUUCCGGAGUUCAAGAUGGCACACUUGUCGCCACCUCCUUCGCCACCGGCUUUGGCAAGUCAAAUGCCGGCUAGCCCGUUGGAGUUGAACGCUUCCUCGACGAAUCUGAUCCAGCGGGCGUCGGCUUUCAGUUCCGUGCUGGGACAGAAAUGGAGCGCGAGAGAUCUUCCCCUGCUUUACAACCCACUGUUCUACUCGGGGGCCGCCUUCCUAUGGCCACAGUUCCUGCUGCCCCAGCAGCCAAUAACACCGAUCUCACCGAAUCUUGCCAAUUCCCGGGAUUACACUCUAACUCCGGAAAAGGAAGAAAUUAUUGACGAGGACAUGCCGCUGAAUUUGUCGAUGAAACCAUCGGCGUCGACGCCGAACUCUCGUUCGGCGGCAGCCGCGGCCGCAGCAGCUUCCCUAGCCCAUUCGAUCCAUAUCUGGUCGCCGGCGAGUAUGUGCGAGAAGGAAACUACGGACGAUACCCAAAGCAAUAUCGACAUCGAGAACGACAACGACGGCGACUCAUCUAGCGGCGGAGAGCUGCAGAUCGAUGAGUCCUUCGAGCAGCACCGGCAUCACCAUCAUCAUCAUCAGCAGCUGAUGGAGAGCCAGAAGGCUCGCAUCCUAACGGAGUACAACAAUCUGCUGCUCAACAGUGGCGCCGCCAGUGGGAAGAACGAUCGGAACUACUUCAACUACAGUAAGAUUAGCAAGGGCUACUUUACCCAUCUGCAGCAGCAGCAGAAGAACCUGGAAAUUCUGAGACAGAACCGUACGGAUGUGUUUGUGGUGAACAGUAACGAUAACAAUAGUAGCAUCAGCAGCAAUGACAACAACAAUAGGGAUGGUGUGAAGAAUAACAAUGUCAGUGCGUUCAGUGAUAAUAGUGGUAGUGUAGAGUUCCGGAUUAAGAACGAGAUUGCGCGGCCGGACUCGACCGGGCACGGUGAGGGUUAUGUGUUCAAGCGAGAGCCUGGCCAUGGGCUGAUUGGAAGUGAGGAGAAGAAACCCGCCAGGCUGUAUCAGUGCAAGCAGUGCGGCAAAACGUUCAAACGCUCCAGCACGCUAUCGACUCAUCUGCUGAUCCACAGCGACACCCGGCCGUACCCGUGUCAGUACUGCGGCAAACGAUUCCACCAAAAGUCCGACAUGAAGAAGCACACGUACAUCCACACCGGUGAAAAACCGCACAAAUGCGUCGUUUGUCUGAAAGCGUUCAGCCAGAGCUCGAAUCUGAUCACCCACAUGCGCAAGCACUCCGGCUACAAACCCUUCUCAUGCGGGCUCUGCGAGAAGGCCUUCCAGCGGAAGGUGGAUCUACGGCGUCAUCGCGAGGGACAGCACAGCGACCUCGUGGUGGGCGGAGGAGGGCAAACGCUUCUGCCAUCGACGGAGGAUUUCAAACCCAUUAUUGUUUCCAGCGAUAAUAGUACUGCCGUUUCCUCUGCCGCGGCGAACCUAACCGAUAGCAGCAGCCCCGAACGCGAUUCACCGAGUUCAGCCGCCGUUGCGGCUGUUGCAGCGGCAGCAGCAGCAGCAGCCGCUGCCGCUGUUGCUUCCACCACCAGCACUGGAUUCCAUCGUCACCAUCAAGAGCACCAACAGCAACAACAGCAUCACCACCAUCAGCACCAGAACUACAGCCACCAUCACCGUCAUCAUGCAGACAUUAAAAUGGAAGUUAGCAGCAGUUGUUCAUGAUUCGGUCCGAGCUGGUCCCUCUCAACGGUGCCGAUUUAGUUUGUAUUUAUAUAUGUUACAUUUUCCAAACCCCGGCCUAAUGACGAUUUUUUUUCGAAAAAAAUAAAAUAACUAAGGGCACGAUUACCUAUCAAACGAGCCGAAGAGGUAUACACAGACAACAACAGAUGUUGCCCAAUUUUGACGCUUCUUCUUUAUGACUGAUGUUGGAAGCGAAACCAAACAACAGAAAGCCAACCGUCGCCUACUGUUGUUGUUUUUGUAGUCUUUGCUGCCACACGCGUCAGAUGACGUUUCGGUUUUUUUUUCUUGGUUUCUUUUGUUGCUACUUCCCUUAACUCGUCGAAGUGAAACAUUAAACAUAAUAACAAGCCGCAAUCAAAAGAAAUGCAAAUGUUUGGCUUUGUUCGUGCGAAAUAAGUGUGCCUCGGUGGAUCAGAUUGAAGUGUUCCGGAGUCCUAAAAACCUGUACAGUGUAGUAGUACCAAUCAGUCGAGUUACAGACGUACUGUUCUUAGCAAGUAAUUAAUUUCAAGCAUUUUUUUGUUUUAUCUUAGAGAAUGUUUCGAACUAGUUAAGCCAAAGCUAUAUUUUUUGGCUAUUCACUACAGAAAAGCGAAGCUUCAACAACCAAAACAUCUGUAUUAGCAUUUAAUUUUUACUAGCAUGUAAAUACCAGUAAUUUAUUGCGAAUGUAGUUUGCAACCUAUUUUAAACUACUGUCUAGUCUUCUGCGAAGAGAAUGAAAACAAUCGAGAAACCCUUCAAGCAGCUAAUCGCCUGGAAGGGGUUUCGGAAUUGAAGGGGAAACGAGAGGCGCUUUUGUUACCGAAAACAUUUCAGAAGAGGGACGUUCCUCCCAGUUCCAGCAAACGAGCGCGGUGGACAUCGGCUGUGGAACGCCCCAAAACCACUUACACAAACACACACAUGUUAGUCAUGAAUAGAGUUCUCACCUUUAUUCACAAACAGCUACCGAACCAAAGACUCUAUUUGUAAACAAGAAAAUCGAAGGCACUUUUGUAAUUGUAUACUCGAACUGCUGCUAUUCUGCUUUUCGUCUCCUGCUGUACUUAUAUCCUGUACCCUGUAGCCACCAUUGUCCUUAUUAGGUAGUGAUUUCGUCCGAUUAGUCGUACUUCUUUCCUUGUAUGAAAGCAAAAAAAUGUCAUUUUUUUCUUCAAAAUUUGUUAUUUAGUCUUUAGUGAAAAAAAACACGUUAACAAAAUCAGCUGAUAUGAUGAUCGUCCAAAAAUUGAGUAAAUUGUAGGUAUUAAGUUUUAGCUUAAACUGUACGAACGUAAUCAAUUGUUAGCUCAAUAGUAACUUAUGUUAGUCAAAUAUAUUGUGUACAUAAAGUUGAUUUAGUAAAUAUGAUCUUCAUUUACUAGCAUAAGCAGUACUACUAGUUCUAUUAUAUUCGUACGUGUUAGAUCUUACGUUCAAAGCUGCAAACCCCCCAGUGAUCGUUGUAUAUUUUUGAUACAAUG